UCCGUCGCGAUUAGACGUCUCUUAAUACGCAAAUGAGGGAACUUUCUGUUACGUCACUCGAUAAUAGCCUAAGGGUGAAAUUCUGUAGAUCGCUGAUAAUAAGUGUCCUCUGAGGGGUGGUAUAUAAAUUGGUUUAGUGGGAUGUUGUUUCGAUGAUCCCGGUGAGAUGGUGCGGCGGCGGGACCUUGAGCGUGUGGCUAUCACGCACCUAUGCACCACGUUACUGUGGCUGUUCAGCUGUUUUAACGGUUUUGAAGCCGUGAAAAUAGUAAAAUUAGUAGUUCCAGAAAUUAUCCAGUACGGUGUUCAAGAUUCUGUAAUUCUAGACUGUGAUUAUACGUAUGGUAAUAAUACAUCGGGUUUAGUAGUGAAAUGGUUCUUCGAAAACAAGAACCAACCAGUAUAUCAGUGGAUUGCGACAAAGAAACCGCAGGAAAUGGGCAUUUUGAGGGGUCGAGUCGAUUUAACUUAUAGAGCAUCGAGCGACCCCCUGAAAAUGCAUCGGGCAAUACGUAUAAUUAAGCCCGAUACGGAAAUUUCGGGUGACUACACGUGUGUAGUUUCGACGUUUCUAGAAGAAGACUCUAGAACUAAGCAGAUGAUUGUGUUUGUACCGGAGACGAAUUUCCGGUUGAUUCAGAACAAGACGGAUGACGACACGGUGAAUGUCAUCUGCGCAGCGGACGGGGCGUAUCCGGCGCCGAACCUCACACUCGCCACGCCGGAGAGGCGACUAGAAGGUGUUUCACAUACACUUAAUUAUAAUUCAAAAGGGAGGUACUCGGCAUUUUCGUCAGUCACGCUGCGUGAUGCGGACCUGCCGUCGCCGGCAGAAUUUAUCUGCACGUUAAGGAUACCACAAGCUAAAUAUGCUGUUAGAAAAGAAGCUAUUUAUUAUCCAGGUCCUAUAAGUACGACGCCUGAAAUGCCGACGGCGGCUGAUAUGCAACUGGCGGCUGCAGUUGGCGUUUCGAAGGGUACAAGACUCUGUACGGUACUGACUAUAAUUCUCACAAAUGUGUUAGCUCAAAUUAUUGUAUCAUAAUGGGAAGAUAAAAAAGAUAAAGGACUGUGUUAAACAAGUGUUAAUAUGAACUGAAAGUGUAUAAAAACAAGUUCUCUAGUCUUUUCCCAAAGUGUAAUUACCAAAAAAAACCAAAACUUUUAUUGGGAUUAUAUCUAUAUAUUAUUAUUAGAUACACAAUUUCACAAUAAAAUUGUCAAGCAAAUCCAAAUAGCUUAUAUGUGUGUUAAGUGCGAAAUUAACUGAAUUGUAGCUAUUCAAUUGUACAGAUAUGUUUAAUGAAUUUUCAUAUUAAAAAAAAUAUUUUUCUUAAUAUAAAACCCAAUAGGUGUAAAUAAUGUUUUCUUGCAAAGAAAAUGUAUAUAUUAUAUAAUAUAUGUAAAUGGGCCUAAAUGAAUAGAGACAUUUUUUAAUUUUAAUUACAAACCUCUGUAAAUUUUCAAGUGCUCUUCCUUCUCACAAAAUAGCCGAAAUUGUAUAAGCUUAGUAAUUGCUUUAAAUAGUUGGAAAUCUCGAUUUCGAAUCUCGUUUGAGUCAAUAUACAAAAUCCAAUUGUAAAUUCGACAUACUUCCUGAUUUGUCCACUUAUCUUUUUAUAUAUUUGAUUAAAGUCAUAAUGGAAUUAAAAAUGUUAGGAUUAUUUUAAUUAUAUAUAUAGUUAUACUAGAAAAUAUAUGGAGGAUUUAAUUACGGAUCGCUUAUAAUUUUAAUUCUAAAAAAACUGUAUAAAUUAUAUUAAAUUUAUGCAUAGAUUGUUAUGUCGUCGAUAAAUAUAAAAAUCCCAAAUUAAAAAAUGUCUAAUAUUAAUACGUUGAUGGUUAGUUUUAUUUUGUGUAAA